CGUCGCCGCCAGUCAAGAUGGUCAACAUUCCCAAAACCCGAAGGACCUACUGCAAGGGCAAAACCUGCAAGAAGCACACGCCUCACAAGGUGACGCAAUACAAGAAGGGCAAGGACUCGAUCUUCGCGCAGGGAAAGCGACGUUACGACCGAAAGCAGUCCGGUUAUGGUGGUCAGACCAAGCCCGUCUUCCACAAGAAGGCCAAGACAACGAAGAAGGUCGUCCUCCGGCUAGAGUGCACUGUGUGCAAGUACAAAAUGCAGGUUUCAUUGAAGCGAUGCAAACACUUUGAGCUCGGUGGUGAGAAGAAGACCAAGGGUGCCGCCCUCACUUUCUAAGCUUUGUUUUUCCAUUUCUGUACUUCAUAUGGCCACCACACAUGAAUAUGACUACAUGCGAGCACCAAACUAUGCCUUCGUCUUCUUAUCUGAACUCCUUGCCUCCUUGCCCUCCUUG